CAGAUACGUAGGCAAAUAUAGACCGUUGGAUGGAAUCAACCAGUGUAGUGCACGAUUUAGAAUCGCUCCUUGUUUGACCACUUCUUGGAGCUCCGUCGAGUUGAGAAAGUGAAGCCGUCCUUCCCUCUUUUCCAAAGAUCCCGAUCACACAACAGCCACUCCAAAUGGCACUGAGGAACUUCUACAAUGAGAUCAAAGGGCUGAAGGUAAAGGAACUGCCCAACCAUGUGAAGCCAAUGCUUUCCAUCAACUAUGUGAAGACUGCAAUACAGAGAGGGCUGGACAACUACCAUGCCAAGUACAUCCAAACCAGCUCCAUUGACCCACUCUACCAUGUCUGCUUUGGUGGAAUGAUCUUUUCCUACCUGGUUGCACUCCCUGAGGAACGCCGCCACCUUGAGCACCAGCAGCAUGCCAAAGAGCAUGGCGACUGAUGAUCAGUCACUCGGUUAUUGCAGGUUCCUAAUCGCUGAUUGGGAGACAAUUAAAUGCAUACUGUUUAUUUGGUUUUGGUAUGUGGAAAUUGUUAACAGAGAGAUUCUGUCUUCUCACUUAGCAGCAUUAAGUGAUACAAUAAAAUCCAAUCCACAUUAACGUUGUCUAUCUUACAUCAAUUACUUCAGUUUGAUUGUUGAAAUGAAUGUCUAUUUGCUUU